AUGCUCCGGGCAUGUGCUUUGGAAUUUAAAGGAGGAUGGGAAAAGUACAUACAGCUGGUGGAGUUCGCGUACAACAACAGCUACCAUGCUAGCAUCGACAUGGCACCCUUCGAAGCAUUAUAUGGGAGGAAAUGUCGAACUCCAGUAUGCUGGGAUGAAGAAGGUGCCCGACAAUUAGCUAGCAAGGAGAUCAUGGAGUGGACCAUGGAGAAGGGAGUGCUAAAAGACAAAAAGAGAAAGAAAUUAACGCCACGAUACAUUGGACCAUUUGAAAUUAUCCAGAGAGUGGGACCCGUAGCAUAUAGGCUUGCACUGCAGCCCAAGUUGUCAAAACUUCAUGACGUAUUUCAUGUCUCGGCAUUACGAAAGUAUGUCUAUGAUGAAUCACACGUACUCACGGAACCUCAGGUGGAUUUGGAGGAAAGUUUGAAGUUCGACACUGAGCCAGUAGAGAUACAAGACUUCCAAGAGAAACAUCUUCGAAAUAAGACAGUUCGAAUGGUUAGAGUGUUAUGGAGGAAUAAAAUGUUUGAAGAAAUUACGUGGGAAAGAGAAGAUUUGAUGAAAGAGAAACAUCCCGAAUUGUUUGAAAGAGACAUGAAAAAUUUCAAGGACGAAAUUUCUUAA